AGUAAGCAAAAUACUACCUAACACUUUGCAGAUGGCGUGCAAUGCGACUCAGGAUGGGCAAAUGUUGGCGAUCAUUGUUUGCUAUACAGCACUGUUAACUUCAGUGUUUGCCGCAAACACUUUGAGUGUUCUGCUGUAUAGGAAUAAUUUUGAAUACGAAUAUAAAAAUCUACUGAAGAUCGAUACCGGCUAUUCAAACGACCCUGCACCCCAAGAAAUAACGGAGUACAACGCAAAUUUGGUUUACAACACCCGCCAGCGUCGGUAUAACGAAUUGGAAUGCACUUAUCUGAUCAGCAGCUUAUGGCACAUGCGUCUCGUCCAGUCGAUGUUAGCAAGUUCCAUGGAACUAAAAACUGUGAUUGAAGUACUAACGUCGUACGGUCCGACCGCUCAGAAACAGGUGGCCACGUUAGUAGACCUGGACGUCUAUGGAAUGAAAAAAGUGUGGCAGCUUUAUUUGUACACUCAGUUGCUAGGCUUGUACUCGAAUAGCGUUUGCUGUUCCGACGCUUUGGACCCGGCCGAAGGCAAGAACAGACUGACGAAAAUACACGAAACCCAUUUGAAAGCAAUAAAAUGGUACGUGGGUUGGUUCUGUCAGUCGAACAACGAAUUCGAACUAAGACUGCCGUUCAAAAAUCAUAAUUUCAAUAAGCCGGCACAGACGUCAGACUCCCACGAGGACGCAUUAAUAGCGCGCGUCAAGAUCAAUAUCAGCAUGAUCGACGAUCUGAUGGACUGCAACGAGAAAACAGCAUCGGUGCCGUCCAAGAGCAUCGAAUUUUUGUCACUGCAAAGUUUGUAUUUCAACGAUUUCGGACGGACAACGCGUGUGGAUUACAUUGUGACCGCGUACAAUGUUCAGAUCGAUUUGAAAGAUUUCCCCGAGACGUUGGCGAGUGCCUUGGGCAAAUCGCGUUGCUUGCACUGGUCCUGCGACAAUCUCAAGAGUUUAACCGAAUACCAUACCAUGUGCCUGGAUUUCGUCAAAGCCGUGUGGCUGCGGCUCACGUUGAAACACAUUUUGUACUUGAACGACCUGAAACACACGAGAAUGCGAUACAUCAAAGAGUGGUCGAAUAUGUUGUUGGAUUUCCUAACGUUCUUUGAAUUGUUAGAAGACGAAAUGUUCGCAUACCUGUUGGUGUUCUUCGCCAACGACCCGAUGGUCGUGAACGACGAAUUUCUCAACGAACGAAUACGCAAUGAAAUACUAUCGGAUCUUACCGAUUUGUCGACCUCGCUCGGUUGCGAGGCCGACGGUCCGAUGGUACUCGACGGCAACGAGUUCAUAACCACUUGUCACGGCUGUGAUUCUUCAGACGACAUGUCUAACCUCGGGCCCCAGAACUCGAUACAGACUAAUAGUAUCGGAUGCGCCAAAAGUUACAUUGCACAAAUGAAAAAAGCGUUUGAAAAUGUCGAUUUUAAAGUCAUCCGCAAAAUAGCGUUGUCGUAUGACAAACCAAGCCCUCGACGUUUUAGACGGCGUAUGAGAUUUUUACGGUAGAUCUAAUGUGUUGUU